AUGAGAAUACUCGGAGAGACGGGGUUGCUGCCUAUGGCCGAGUAUGGAAUAGACAGCCCGGGACGUGACCAUCUGGGAGACAGAACUCGUUGGGUUGUGAACCGUGGAAACGGCGAUCCAACGGGAUGUGACUGUCUGGGAGAUGGAACUCGGGUAGUGAUGUUCUAUCUCGCGUGCCUGUGUGGCUGUGAGAUAGGUGUUCACGGGAAGUACCGAACGCGCGGAAGAGGAAGUGGUUGA